UCCAAACAUGGCCGUUCUGACGCCAUGUCGAGGGUCUUGAAUAUGUAGUUUUAAACGUGUGACUUUCCUGAUGUUGGCCCAUAAACAACCCCGUUUUGACUUUACUGAAAGGAUUUUGGAAUCCAGAUUAUAUUUUUGUCGUUCUAAGAAAGCCUCAAAUGAGUUUUGGGGCUUUCGCCUUGAUGUUUAUGGAGUAAUAUGAAUUUGGACCCGCUUUCUUUUGCGUUAUCCGAAAUAAGUUAUACAGUUGCCAAUUUGAACAAGAAGAACUACAAACAAAGCAUCGCUGCUAUAAAUCACCUUGUAAACCAGCACGGAGCUGAAGCCGAUAGGCAUCUUUUUAGGUGCCUUUUUUCACACAUCGACUUCAGUGGAGAUGGUAAAAGCAGUGGAAAAGAUUUACACCAGAUUCAAUAUUUAAGUCAAGAAUUUGGUGCAUUACUGACAAAGCCGAAUUUUAUUUCCAUUCUUUGUUAUUCUAUUGACAACCCUCUUCAGCAACAAAAUAGUCUCAAGCCGUCAGCACACCUCUUUCCUCAAAUCAGUAGAGUAUUGCACCUCACACGUGUGCAGGAAGUAGCAGUUGCACUUGCUCUUCUCAGCUCUUCCAAAUCUGAUAUUAUUAACUUUGCACUUCAGUUUGCAAAGCAGAAGUUACCAGAGCUAAUCAGAUCUUACGUGGAUGUUGAUACAGGCCAUCAGGAGGGUGGACUCCAAGACUCUGAUAUUGAGAUUCUUCACCUUCUGCUUUCCCAUCUUGUAAUAGAGAGAGAGCAGCUUGGCAUUGCUCAAGAGACUUUGGACACCUUCUUAAAAACUGUUAGAAGAGAAUUUCCUAGAGAAAGAGUGCCAGCUAUCAUUAGCCCAUUCAUUUACCCAAGCUUAGAAGACAUACCUGGAAAAAAACUUAGAGACCUGGCAACAAUGAAAAAGAACAUGACUGACAUAAGUAUUGCUGAGCUUAUGUUAGAGAGUGGCUAUAGCUGCACAGCUAGUGUUGAUGAAUGUCGCAAUCUUCUAACUAUUUGUGGAGCGAGGGAGAUCACACCUGUUGCUGUUGCUCGAAUCCUAGGCAUGAUGGCCCGCACACCUGUAGGCCUAGGAGAUCAUGGGCAACAUCAGCAGAUUGAUCACCAGGAUGUCCCAGGGGUAUCUACUUGGAAUGUUGAUGUUUUUCUCCAGAUAGUUAAAGAAAUGAAUCCUCAUAUUAAUUGGCGUGAGGUUGUGUCAAAUCUUGAUCAUCCGAAAUUUCUUGUUUCUGGAAGAAAAGGAUUACGAAUAAUUGUACAGGCAUUGUUACGCAGUCUUCAGGAUCCUUUCCCAAUAGACUAUAUCUAUAAACCUUGGAAUAACACAGAAGGCCAGCUAUCAUUUCUUGUACAAGCUUUGAAACAUCCAGAUGUAUUUUGUCUUGCCGACCACAAAGGUGAUACUCCAACAGUUGUGAUAGACAUUCUUAAGUCUGCUCCAAAUGAAGAUGAUCGUGAAAUUGCUACCUGGAAAUGUUUGAGUUUGGUGGAAACGCUGCUUCGUUUGUCUGAUGGGGGCCACCAUGCUCAAGUAGUAGAUCUUUUUAAAGCUCCAAUGAAUAAGUGUCCUGAUAUUCUUGUGUUAGCUCUUUUACAGAUAACUCCUCAGCCAGCAACUGUAAACCGACUGAAAACAGAUUUAAUUGCAAACUUGAUGCCUAUAUUCCUGGGUCAGCACAGCAAUUCUGCCGUUAUUUUACAUUAUGCAUGGCACCAUCAGGGUCAUUCCAGUACAAUACGUACAUUGAUCAUGCAUUCAAUGGCAGAGUGGUAUAUGAGAGGUGAACCUCAUGACCAAGUCCGCCUCUCUAGAAUUUUGGAUGUGGCUCAAGACCUCAAGGCACUUUCGAUGCUACUGAAUGCAACCCCAUAUGCCUUUGUCAUAGACUUAGCCUGUCUUGCUUCAAGACGAGAAUACUUGAAAUUGGAUAAAUGGUUAAAUGAUAAGAUUACAGAUCAUAAGGAAGCUUUUAUUCAAGCAUGUGUGACAUUUUUAAAGAGACGCUGUCCUCAAUUGAUGGGCUUGCCACUUAAAGAAGAACCACCACAAGCUCGUAGUCAACAGUUGCCACCUGAAACUAUAAUUACUAUGUUACAUUGUUUAAGGAAUUGGAUAGGGCACCUAAAUCAAGAACUAGCAGAAACAAUUAAUUCUAUGUCAACAAAUGCAAACAUGUAUCUAACUAAACCUAGAGCACCCCCUCCUGUGUCUAUGAGUGGAAUUGGACCAAAGCAACCACCAUAUGCGCCACAGAAUAUGUUGGAUUCUUUGCCUAAUAUAGGAGGAGUACUAAGUCAACCAGGGCCAGUGGGUCCACCAUCAGCUCAAAGUUUGCCUCAAGCUAUUGCAAAUUUGUCUCUUGGACCUCCAGUUCCUCCUGGUUCUCCAUCUAAGUCUUUCCCUGUCAUGUCUCAACAGCAACAACAAGCAGCUGCAGCUGGCAUGAAUUUCAACCCUAUGAUGAACAACCAGAUGUCUAGUAUGGGAAUGCAGACACCAAUGACUCAGAACAUGGGUUCAGGUCCCACACCUGGUCCUGGACCUAGACCCCCAGUUAGCAGUCUUGCUUCAAUAGGAGCCACGACUUCUACUGCUCCAAAAUUGAACAUGCCUCUAAGCCAAGAAAGGCUGGGAAAUAGGACAGUGCAACCAGGCAAUCCAGCUAGUGAUAUGUCAAAUAUUUUCCCUGAGAUGACUCAAACAUUUAGUAAAGAAGUUGAGGACAGGGCAAACACAUAUUUCCAACAAAUCUACAAUCAACCUCCAGCACCAACUAUGAGUAUUGAUGAAGUUCUUACAAUGUUAAAAUCAUUUAAGGAUUCACUGGAUAAAACAAAUAGGGAUGUGUUUGCUUGUAUGCUUAGAAACCUGUUUGAAGAGUAUAGAUUUUUCCCUCAGUAUCCAGACCGCGAACUUCAAAUUACUGCUCAGCUUUUUGGGGGUAUUAUUGAACAGAAUAUUGUCACCUAUUGGACACUUGGGAUUGCUUUGCGCUAUAUACUAGAGGCCUUACGCAAACAACCAAAUAGUAAUAUGUACCUUUUUGGUGUUGCAUCUCUUGAGCGUUUUAAAUCUAAGUUAAAAGAAUAUCCUCAGUACUGCCAGCAUCUUUCCCAAAUACCUCAUUUCAUGCAAUUACCACCACACCUUAUCGAGUAUGUUGAAUAUGGAUCAAGAUCACAGGAACCUCCACAUCCCCAAAUGCCACAUGGAAUGUUAAGUGAACUAAGUGGUAGGCCCAUGACUCCAGUGGCUAGUUUUCCUAGCUUGAUUCGGCCUCCACUUACAAGCUUAGAUGGUCAAAAUUCAACAGCACCUCCACCUCCAUUACCUACAAGUGCAACAUUAUCAGCUUCCGCACAGCCGACCACAGUUGCACCUACUCCUGCUGCACCAACGCCAAUACCAGCAUCAUCAAGAGGGGCUACAUUUGCCAAGCCCUCUAUUGCUACAGCAACUAAUAUAGACACACUUUUAGCUGGACAAGGCAAUAACGAUGUUAUGGUUCCAUCAGAAGCAAUUCAAGACAAAGUAUUUUUCAUAUUUAAUAAUCUUUCCCUUGCAAAUAUGAAUCAGAAGGCUGAAGAGUUAAAAGAAGUGAUGGGUAAUGACUAUGUAUCUUGGGUAGCUCAGUAUCUUGUCAUGAAGCGUGCUAGCAUAGAACCAAACUUUCACACACUCUACUCCAAUUUUGUUGAUGCACUUGGCAUAGAAUCUCUAGCAUCAAAAGUUAUCACAGAAACUUUCAGAAACAUAAAGGUUCUUCUUCGAAGUGAUAAAGGGGUAGCAAAUUUCUCAGACAGAACCCUACUAAAGAAUCUUGGUCACUGGCUUGGUAUGCUCACAUUAGCAAAAUGCAAACCAAUUCUUACAGUGGAUUUAAAUUUAAAGGCACUUAUUUAUGAAGCCUACCAAAAAGGAAAUCAAGAACUUCUGUAUGUUGUUCCAUUCACUGCCAAAGUUUUGGAAUCUUGUGCUAAAAGCAAGAUAUUUUGUAAACCCAAUCCUUGGACACUUGCAAUUAUGAACGUUCUUGCUGAGCUUCAUCAAGAACCAGACCUGAAGCUAAAUCUCAAGUUUGAGAUUGAAGUCUUGUGCAAGACACUUAAUAUAGAUAUCAUCUCAGAACUUAAACCCACCAAGUAUUUGCGUGAUCCAACUAGGAUGGCCACAUUGGAACAUCAACUUUCUCCUGUUAAACCCCAGGAAGAGCCUGUCCCACCUACAGAUAUAUCGCCAUUUACAGUAUCUCAACCACCAGUAGGGUUGCCUAUGCCACCAAUAUCAGGCAUGCUACCAAUGCAUGGCUUAGCUGGUAUUCCUCCUCCACCAACAAGCAGUAUCUCAAUUCCACCUCCACCCCCAGUGAUGCCUUUAUCUGCAGGACCAACUGCAAGCACUAUGCCACUUCAACCAAAGUUCAGUAUUCAUGAUAUAAAUAUUAAUACUAGUCUGGCAUCCUUCCUACAGCAACAUAUAGUUGUUAAUGACCAGCUAAUGUACAUACAAGCCAACAUCUCUUUGAGAAACAGUGUGAUUGGUGCAAUUGAGAGCACAAUGCAGGAUUUUGUGGUUCCAAUAACUGAAAGAGCCAUUAAAGUGGCUGUGGCUACUACAGAACAGAUUGUCAAAAAGGAUUUUGCUCUUGAUUCUGAUGAGAUUCGUAUGAGAAACUCUGCUCAAGCUAUGGCACGCAAUGUAUGUGCUGGUCUAGCUCUAAUUACAUCAAGAGAGCCAAUGGUCCAGCAACUCAAAGUGGCUAUACAAUCAGCUCUCAGUAGCAAUUUAAGAGGACAACAGACUGCAGCCCAACAAAAGAGCAUUGAAGAAGCUGCAGUUCUCUUAGCAAAUGAUAAUGUUGAGAUAUGUGCAAAUUACAUCCAGAAACUGGCUGUGGAGCGUGUUGGCUUGGACAUGGAUAAGAAACUAGCUCCCGAGUUUGAAAUUCGCAAGAGAUCUAGGCAAGAAGGUCGCAUUUACUACGACUCUCAAGUUCAUACCUAUCAGUCGGAGAGAGUACCAGAACAAAUUAGCCUAAAGAUUGGACCGGUAACUCCGCAACAACUUGCUGUGUACGAUGAAUUCUCUCGCAACAUCCCAGGAUUCCAGCCUCUCACAGACACAAUUCUUCCAUCAGGCACAAGACAAACUGCCUCGAUGAGUGGACAAGAAGAACUGAGUCAUCUGUAUGAAAAAAUGGUUCAAGAAAUUGAUGCCCAUAUGCAUAUGAUGGCUAAUCCUACCAUGUUCAUUCCACAUUUACAACAGCUUAUGCAAGCCAUCAACUUGGCAAGGAAUACACUAGACAAAAACACAGCAACACAACUAGUGCAGAAGGCUGUGGAAGGACUAACAGAGCAGUAUGCUUUGACAACAAUGGCUGAUGGUGAAACACUACUUCACUUCAGAGAGUGCCACUUACUAGUGCUGAAGACUUUUGCUGACCAUAGAGCUUUUGGAAUGAGUUGGGUCAGCAAAGAAGUUACAAGAUGUUUAAUGCAAAGUCGUGAAGAUACAAGGUACAAUUUAGAUGUUGUUGAGCUACUUAUUCGCAAUGGAUUUGUUGUAAUGCCUCAGUAUGAUAGUUAUCUGUCAUCACUUAUGGAAAAUGGGCUAAACCAGAUUGGCAUCAACUUUACCACACAGUUAAUGCAGCGACUUUGUGUUGAUGAUAAAAACAGAGCACCCCAACAAGUUGUUUAUUCUGAAUCUGAUUUCACUAGCAGUAUUGAAGCUCUUAAUAUGAUUGGAUCUCGCUCACGCCAGACACAACCAGACAGCCUUCCAGCACUUAUUGAAUCCCUACGGAUAAACAGCACCUCUUCUGAUUCAUCAAAUCUGAUGGAUCGUGUUCAGGGUAGUGUUACCUCAAUGAUGCAGACGGGCAUUACUCAGGCUCGUGAGUUUGAUGAUCCUGCUGGGCUACAUGAGAAAACUGAAUACUUGCUUAGAGAAUGGGUUAACAUGUACCACUCACCUCAAGCAGGCAGAGACAGCUUUAAGGCCUUCAAUGCUUUUGUUCAACAGAUGCAUACUCAAGGUAUACUAAAAACAGAUGACCUAAUAACACGUUUCUUUCGGCUUUGCACUGAAAUGUGUGUUGAUCUGUGUUAUCGGGCCCUUAGUGAACCAGGCCAGUCUACUACCAUGAUUCGUGCUAAAUGUUUUCACACAUUGGAUGCUUUUGUUCGACUUAUAGCUCUGCUUGUCAAGCAUUCAGGAGAGACCAAUACUGUCACUAAAAUCAAUUUACUUAACAAGGUGUUGGGCAUAAUGGCGGGGGUGCUGCUGCAAGACCAUGAAGUGCGCUAUACUGAGUUUCAGCAGCUCCCAUACCAUAGAAUUUUCAUCAUGCUCUUCAUCGAACUAAAUGCACCUGAGCAAAUAUUAGAGGCUAUCAACUUUCAAGUUCUCACUGCAUUUUGCCAUGUGUUCCAUAUCCUGCGUCCUGCUAAAGCUCCAGGAUUUGCUUACGCUUGGUUGGAAUUAAUCUCUCAUCGUGUUUUCAUUGGAAGGUUGUUGGCUUUGACACCACUGCAAAAGGGAUGGGGCUUUUAUGCUCAGCUGCUGGUUGAUCUGUUUAAAUUCCUGGGACCUUUCCUUAGAAAUGCAGAUAUGACUAAAUCAAUGCAGCUUCUAUACAAGGGAACUCUUAGAGUUUUGCUUGUCUUGCUACAUGACUUCCCAGAGUUUCUAUGUGACUAUCAUUACACUUUCUGUGAUGUGAUUCCUCCUAACUGCAUUCAAAUGCGAAACUUGAUUCUUAGUGCUUUUCCCCGUACAAUGAGGCUGCCUGAUCCAUUUACUGUUAAUUUGGUUGUGGAACACCUUCCUGAUAUCAACAAAGCACCCAGAAUUCUAACAAAUAUUGUUUCUCUCAUCCAACCAUCAUCUUUCAAAAAGGAUUUGGAUUCCUAUUUGAAAACUCGUUCACCAAUUACAUUCUUGUCAGAAUUGAAAAGCAAUUUGCAGGCUAACCCACAAGGCAGUAGAUAUGACAUCCCUCUUAUCAAUGCACUUGUGCUUUAUGUUGGAACUCAAGCAAUUCCACUACUUCAAAAUAAGGGUGUCAGCAUGAGUACAAUUGCUCCAAGCUCUCACAUGGAUAUUUUUCAAAAUUUAGCUGUUAAUUUGGAUACUGAAGGUCGUUACCUGUUUCUGACUGCAAUUGCCAAUCAGCUGCGAUAUCCCAACAGUCACACUCACUACUUCAGCUGUACUCUACUGUACCUGUUUCGUCAGGCCAAUGACCAAACCAUUCAGGAACAGAUCACCAGGGUUCUGCUUGAGCGUUUGAUUGUCAAUCGACCACAUCCUUGGGGUUUGCUUAUAACAUUUAUAGAGCUAAUAAAGAAUCCCAAUUUUAAAUUCUGGGAACAUGAAUUUGUGAGGUGUGCCCCAGAGAUUGAAAAGUUGUUUGAAAAUGUUGCUCGUUCAUGUUACCAACAAAAACAGCAGGCUCCACAACCAGGACCACAAGGUCUACAGAGAGAGGACAAUCAAGCAGAUUGAGUGUCCUAAGUGUUUAGCCCUGUAUAAAAAGCCUUAUAUUAUUUUUAUCAUUUUAAAAUUAUAAAAUAUUGAUUUUUUUUAUGUCAGAGUGGUAGGUUUUGUUGAUUUUAUCUUAGUUUUUUAAAACGUCUAUUAUCAUUAUCUCUAGGUAAAUUUUAAUGUCCCUCUUCACUUUUUACAAUUAAAUUCAGAAUUGUUAGGUUAACUUCUAAUGAAAUGGACUUUCAUUUUGAAGCAUUAGAUCUAGCAUAAAUUAUUGUAACGUAUCUUGUAAAAUUAUUUACAUUGACUACUCAUGUGCAUCAUGAGCACAAUGGAAACUGUCAAUACUUUAAAAUAUGUUUGUAUAUUAUUUUGUACAGAUGCUUGUUUUAACUUUGUCAAAAUUCAUUUUAAAAUCAAUUGGUGAUUCUAGUAUGUGGUACUCAACGCUGUGAGCACUAAUCAAUUCAUUUGAGUAUGUUUUAAAGAGUAACAUUUUUUAAUAUGUCAAAUGUGAUUCAUUCAGUUUGUUUUGAACGCCUGAUAGGUUAUGGUUAAGAUUUUAAGACAAAUAUAAUUGGAAUUGUUGUUUAUGUUUGAUUGUUAAAUAUUUUUAGGACAUGUAUGGCACAUUUUGAGUAGGUUACUGGAGUUGUUUUCACUAUUUUAAGGUGGAUAUAAGAGAGUGUAAAUAGAAAGGGGUUAGUAUUUGUGUACAAAAAGUGGUUUGGAUUGAAUGAUUUUAACACAAGUGGUGUACAAAGGCUGGGUUUGCUGAUACUAGAAACUUUUAUACAUAUGUUGUACAUAGAAUUGCAUUUAAAUUUCAUUGGUUUUGGAUUUAUAUUAUGCUAGAUGUUGUGGACUUGCUUUUUUUCCUUCUCAUUUAAGUCUUGUUUCUAGAUCAUUGCCAAAGUUGUUACAAAUAUCCCACAGUGCAUGACACUACUACUGCCUGUGUGUGAUCAGUGAGUGCCAUUGUUUAAGUGUGUCAUUAACUUGAGUAUUGUUUAAUCAGAGCUGAAACAGUUGUGUACUUUUAGACAAAGUUAUCAAAUUCUAUUCGUUCACUAAUAAUUUGACAUUCUAUUGUGGAUUCUCUUUUAAUUUAUGGACAUCUAACAUUAGGAAAUAUUUAAAACAGCCUUGAGGCUCUGCUUCCUAGAGUCUUGAUGAAAGUUUGACCAGUCCAAGGCUAGUACUACUUGUGCGGAAGUAUGUGCUUAACUUUGGACCUGAUCUCUCACAAUGUGACAUUCACUUUUCCAGAUUGUACGACUUUAGGCAGUUGAUCAGCCUUAACAAUUAGGUUCCCCUUAGUGUGUUGUCAACAUAUAGACAUGUAAAAUAAAUGUUUUAUUUGCAUUUCAUAAAAAUGACUUGUUUUUCU